AUGCCCAGUCCUCGGGUUUCCAAGCUCAAAUUCGAGCAUCACCACAAUGGACUUGGCGUAGACACGUCUAGGCCUCGACUUUCCUGGUCAUUCGAAACGUCGCCUUCGACAGCUGCUUCAUGGGUACAAACCUCUUACGAAGUUGAGAUCACUUUCUCAAACACAGUUGAUGCUCAAGUAUUCAUCAUUGAGAGUGAAGAAUCGGUUCUGGUGCCAUGGCCAGCUCGGUCACUUUCAUCCCGCGAAUCUGCGUCCGUUCGCGUGAGGGUAUAUGGUAAAAGCCUCGAUCAAGAGUCUGCCGUCGUCAAACCUAGCUCCUGGUCGACUGCUGCGAUUGUUGAGACCGCCCUUCUUGAGACCAACGACUUUAAAGCAAAUUUCAUCACCUCGGCUGAACGAAUUGGACCCUAUGGGCCACUACGACCGAUUCGAUUCUACAGAGAGUUCACUCUACCGCAAGAUACAACGACUAUUCCUCGUGCACGAUUGUAUAUAACAAGUCUUGGUGUCUUUGAGGCAACCAUUAACGGACAACGUGUCGGUGAUGAGGUCCUAGCCCCAGGCUGGACGAGCUACAACCAUCGCCUCAUUUACCGUAUCCACGAUGUUACUUCCCUGCUGCUCCCGGGCAAGAAUGUCAUCAGUGUCGAGGUUGCUGAGGGAUGGUAUGCUGGAAGACUCGGCUUCAAAGGUGGCAAGCGUUUUCGCUAUGGCGAUGAGCUAGGGCUAUUCGCUCAGCUCGAGAUUCAAGAUACAGCUGGCAAAGUGUCUUGGGGUCUUGUCUCAGACGAGACAUGGUCAUGCACCACGAGUCCAAUUGUUACGAGUGAGAUUUACGAUGGCGAGGUUCACGAUAUGAACCAUAUACCUCCAAAACCUCUGAAGACAAGAGUUCUUCAGAGGCCAUCGGCUCAACUUGUAGCACCUGAUAUUCCCCCUGUUCGUAUCACUGAGACCAUCUCCUGCAAGCGCGUCUUCAGCAGUCAGAGGGGCAAGACGGUCUUGGACUUUGGUCAAAACCUCGUGGGCAAACUCUUCGUUCCAUGCCUUCCAACCGAGAAGGACAAAUGUAUCACCUUUCGUCAUGCCGAGGUGAUGGAGAAUGGGGAGUUGGGAACACGGCCACUUCGUGACGCGAAAUGCUGUGAUACUGUGAUCGGGUCGGGUGAGAUUCUCUUGAACUGGUCACCCAAGUUCACCUUCCAUGGCUUCCGAUAUGUUGAAGUCGAAGGAUGGCCGGGUGACGGUCCCUCACCCGAUGACAUCCGAGCUGUUGUGCUUCAUACAGAUAUGGAGCGCCGAGGGUUCUUCGAAUGCUCCAAUCCUUAUGUGAACCAACUACACAAUAAUAUCGUCUGGUCAAUGCGCGGUAACUUCUUGUCUUUGCCGACAGACUGUCCCCAGCGAGAUGAGCGUCUUGGAUGGACCGGCGACCUGCAAGUAUUUUGCCCAACAGCGACAUACCUCUAUGACACAUUGGGAAUCCUUAGUAACUGGCUACAAGACGUGUCAGCAGAACAGCUGGAGGAAGGCAAAGGCGGCAUACCUCCUCUCGUGUGUCCCAACGCCAUUAGUUCCAAUUGGCCUCAUAUGGCUCAAGCAAUCUGGGACGAUGUUACAGUCCUAGCUCCAGACGCUUUGUUUCAGUAUAGCUCUGACAAAGGUCUCCUGGAGAGACAGUUUGAUAGUAUGCAUGCUUGGCUGGAACGGGGUGUUGAUAGGGCUCCGGAUGGGCUUUGGAACCCUGAUAAGUGGCAGCUGGCAGAUUGGCUAGAUCCAAGCGCACCGCCUGAGGAUCCUGGAAAUGGACGAACUGACAACGUUCUCGUGGCGAAUGCUUAUCUCGUGCAUACGACACUGGUGUUCUCUAAGUUAUGCUCCGUUCUUGGAAAGAUGGAACUAGCUACCAAGUAUGCGCAAGACGGAGAGCGUUUGAAGGCCCUCUUUCAGAGGAGAUACAUCACAGCAGAGGGUAACCUAAUGUCAACGUCUCAAACAGGUCUUGGUCUCGCCAUCAGAUUCGGUCUUUAUCCCGAGAACGAUGAACAACGCAAAACUGCUGGAAAAGCCCUCGAUCGUCUAGUCCGCACCGCUCGCUUCCACAUCAGCACAGGUUUCGCAGGAACACCGGUUAUCUCCCACGCGCUAUCUGAGAUCGGCCGCUCACAACUGGCGUACCGUAUGCUGCUCGAGACAACAUGCCCUAGUUGGCUAUACGCCGUAGUAUCGCACGACGCAACGACUGUAUGGGAACGCUGGGACAGUAUGCUACCUGAUGGGCGCAUUAAUCCCGGUCAAAUGACGAGUUUCAACCACUAUGCUCUUGGGGCAGUAGGUGACUGGCUUCAUGGGACAGUUGGUGGCAUUUCGCCUCACGAGCCAGGAUGGAGAGUUAUUCGUGUCCGCCCGAUUCCUGGAGGGAAUAUCACUAGUGCCAAGGUAUCAUUCAGUGGACCUUAUGGACUUGUUGCGUGUGAAUGGAAGCUCGAAGGUCAAAGAUUUACUAUGUCGCUGACCAUUCCUCCCAAUUGUUCGGCUCUAGUCACUCUGCCUUCAGAGGUUGGAAAAGACUUUACUUGUGAGGAGGAGGCUACCAGAGUACUUUACUCUGGUCACCAUUCGCUGGAAUGUCAAUUCGAUGCUGGAGAGUGGCCGCCUAAGCCCAUGGUUGCUGCGAAUCAGCCUAUGCCUGUAGAUAGUAUCGCCGGGUAA